AUGCGAUUAAGAGGAGUCAUGGGAGAUCAGCAAACUGUUGGUAUUACUAUUUCUCUUGACUACUGGUGGACAUUACGGGGAGUUGAUGAUGAUAACCCGGAUUACAAUAAAAUAGUUGGACCCUGUCAUCAGCGUGCAGCUGAUCGCAUUGUUGCAGGAGCUAUGGCAAAUGGUGGACUGUACAAAUUGGGACAAGGUUUGGGAUCCUUUAACCAAAUUCUCCCUCGUCAGUAUAUUGAUACAUUAAAAGUAUUACUUAACAAGGUACUAGUACGAGAGGAGAAAGAAUUGGAGAUGCUUUUCAAGGAAGACUUUCAACAAACUCCUAAUGAUAUAUUCACUGAAUUUAACAGGCAGCCUGUAGCUGCAGCAAGCUUGGCCCAAGUAUAUAAAGCUAAAACUGACGAGGGAAAACCAGUGGCUGUAAAAGUCCAGUAUAUUGACUUGAGAGAUCGAUAUGAUGGCGAUAUUUGGACAAUAAAGAUCUUGUUACGAAUCAUAGCUUGGAUGCAUCCCAAGUACUUCUCAUGGGUACUUGAUGAACUCAAAGAGACUUUGUUAAAAGAGUUAGAUUUUGAACAUGAAGGUAUUAAUCAGGAACGAUGUGCUCGACAAUUAAGUCAUCUUCCAUUUGUACAUGUGCCACAAGUUUAUUGGAAAUAUACAAGUAAAAGAGUACUUACUACAGAAUGGAUAGAUGGCUGUCAAGCAACAGAUAUUUCUUCUCUUAAAGAGAUGGGUUUACCAUUAGCUGAAGUAGCAGAAAAAAUUACAAGGGCUUUUUCUUAUCAGCUGUUUUUUACUGGUUUUGUUCAUGGUGACCCUCAUCCUGGAAAUGUUUUAGUUCGUAAGUCUCCUCUGAAUGGUGUAGAAGUUUGUUUGUUAGAUCAUGGUCUAUAUGCUCCAUUAAAGGAAGAAAUGUUUAAUUCAGCUGCACUUACUCGACAAGAUGUACUUCGAGUAAAGGAUACAUUUAAUAAUCGUAUGGAGGAUGUAAUAUCAAUACUACGUACUUUACCCUCUUCAAUGAUGCUUGUAUUUAGAAACAUGAAUUUAUUGCGCAGUAUUAAUCGAGAAUUAGGGACUCCUGUGAACAGAUUUACAAUUAUGGCAAGAAUGUACGCUGAGUAA